UCUGGAUUUCGCGUGCGUGGCUUUCAUCCUUGGCUUGCUCUUGGCUUUUUUCUUUCAGAAGUGGAAGCGAGUUACUUUUCUUUCUCACUCAAUCUUUUGUUAUGUAGCUCUAAUUUUCUACUUUUCACACCUGUAGAUCCUGCCCCAGCAGCCGAUCUCACAAACGGCGAAGUGAAGUUGACGGCCCGGCAGGACACGAACCGCAGAAGCUGUGAGGGGGGUGGCGAAGGUGGUACGGGUUCCAACAACAUUACCGACGAGAUGGCGCACUUGAGCAAACUUGUGUCCGCUGAUGACUAAGCAGUAGAUCUCGAAGUUGACCCAACGACCCCGCAGGACACGAACGCCGAUCUGACGAAUGGCGAAGCGAAGCCAACGGCCCGGCAGGACACGAACCGCAGAAGCUCUGGUGGCGGUGGUGGCUCAGCUUUCAAAGUUGUUGAGAUUUUGCCCAACAAUAAAGUUAUCAUCAUCGAGAACAAACCAGCGCCCGCUGAUGACGCUGAUGCAGAUUUCACGAACAGCAAAGCGAACCAGACGACCCAGCAGGACACGAACAGCAGAAGCUCUGAGGGGGGUGGCGAACGUGGUUCGGAUCUCGCUGGAGAUGAAGCAAAAGCUAGACCGUUCGCAUGUGCUAACUGCCACAAAACAUUUAAAACUAAAUCCGCAAGAGACGUGCAUCACAGAAUACACACAAGAGAAAAGCCGUUCAAAUGUAAAGUCUGCGACAAAACAUUUGCCGACCCUUCAACCCUGAGGAGCCACCAGUUCGUGCAUCUGCCAUCAGAAGAACGGCCAUUCAAAUGUACGAUAUGUGGGCGGGGCUUUAGCCAGAGUGGAAAUUUGAAAACACACUUUAAAAAUACA